GGUAAUUUCGUAAUACUAAUAAUUAGUUUAGAAUGUAUGAAUCCAUAAACCUGUUGAAAGUAAGUGGGAAACAACGGAAAGAAAACAAAAACUGCUUCACUUGUCAAUCGCUGCUUCUCAAAGCGCUACUCUCUUCUUUGCCUAGCUUGCAAUAAUAUAAUUCUCCCAAAUUUCACUCCUUCUUCUCAACCACCGCCGCCCUCUCUCCGCCGCUCUUAAUCUCCAUCAUGCUACAGUCUCACACCUGCUUCACAAUCACACCUCCAAACUUGAGCUACAAAAUCUCGAAAAAGAUCCGAUUCGCUAUAUAGUAGAGAUUAAUCCUUGCUAACUUCUAGGGUUUCAUCUUCUUCUCCAAAUCCUUUUUUUUUUUUCACAUACUAAUGGAGGAGUACAAUCAUGAGAUGAGCGGUAACUCGAAUUCGAGGUGCAAUUUCCUAUACGGAGAUUCUUCAGUGUAUGGGAGAAGCAGCUUCCAUCUCCAAUCACCAGAUUGCUACGAUCAAUCGGAAGCGCAGCAGCAGCACCAGACGGUCAAAACUGAAUCUCGAAAUCACGCUUCGAGGUUUCACUACACCGCGAUUACUCCGGCCGCGGUGGAGGACCACCGCCGCCGCCAUGAUCGGAGGCAGGAAAACGACGGUUCCGGAGAAGCUGAGUCUAUCAAAGCAAAAAUUAUUGCCCACCCUCAGUAUUCAAAUCUCUUGGAUGCUUACAUGGACUGUCAAAAGGUGGGAGCGCCGCCAGACGUGGUGGCGCGGCUGGCGGUGGUGCGGCAGGAGUUUGAGGCAAGCCAGCGAGCGGCGGCGGCGGCCGGCAGAGACGUUUCCAAGGAUCCAGAACUCGACCAGUUCAUGGAAGCGUACUAUGAUAUGUUAGUGAAGUACAGAGAGGAGCUGACGAAGCCCAUUCAUGAAGCCAUGGAGUUCAUGCGACGCAUUGAGAAGCAGCUCAAUUUGCUCACCAAUAACUCAUCAACUGAUGAGAAGUAUGAUGGAGGUUCAUCUGAAGACAACAGUGGCGGAGAGAGAGAAGUUCCGGAGAUUGAUCCGCGAGCAGAAGAGCGGGAGCUGAAGAACCACCUCUUGAAGAAGUACAGUGGAUACCUAAGCAGUCUGAAACAGGAGCUGUCGAAGAAGAAGAAGAAAGGGAAACUCCCCAAAGACGCGCGACAGAAGCUGCUCAGCUGGUGGGAGUUGCACUACAAGUGGCCUUAUCCUUCGGAGUCGGAGAAGCUGGCGCUGGCAGAGUCGACUGGGCUGGACCAGAAGCAGAUAAACAACUGGUUCAUCAACCAAAGGAAACGCCAUUGGAAGCCCUCUGAAGAUAUGCAGUUCAUGGUCAUGGAUGGGCUGCACCCACACAAUAAUGCACCUCCCCUUUACAUGGAACCCCAUUUUUUGGGUGAAGGCCCUUACAGAUUGGGGCCCUGACCUUAUAUCAUUUUCUCACAUGCUAGUGCUACUACCCAUCAUUUGGUAAUUUCGUAGCAAUCAAUCUUCUACUAUUUCUUUU